AUGUCGGACGAGCAGUGCGGGGGCAUGGAUGUUGAGCUGGAGAGCAAUGCUGCGCGGUGCCGCCGCAGCGCAUCGGCCCCAGCGCGGCCGCUCGUUCCCUUCGGCCCCGCUUCCGCGGCGGGCGACGCAGUGGCGUCCAUGGGGAAGUCGAAGAGCGCGCGUGCAUCCCCCCAGUGGGGACCCGCGCAGCUGGGCGAGCGAUUCUCUGUCUGGGGCGGUCGGUUGACAGGGCCGCGCGCGCGCUUGGAGACGAAGGAGAUCUCUGCCGUCGCAGGGCGCGUGAGGUUCGUCCACUUUUCUCUGGGCCUGCCGUGGGCAGUCCAUGCGCUCGGCUGUGCGCUCAGGAAUUCACGCGGCGCGUGUGUGCAGGGGCGCGUGUGGAUGGAGAUCGUGGACGCGUUCAAGGCCCAGGCGCGAGCCGAGGGCGCCGCAGUGGCGGCUGGCGAGGACGACAAGGGAGAGGGCGCCAUGGGCGCCCUGCUCGACCUGCCCGACAUGCCCGAUCCAGCAGCGGCCGACGCGAUCGUGUGCCUGAUCUCGUUCCAGAAGAACGAGCACUGGAUCCGCGAGAACGACGUGCCCUGCAGCUUCGAGCGGCUCAGGUCCGAGCGCGAUCUGGCGGGGGUCCCGCUGGUUCAGAACCCAGACGAAGACUACGCCGCAGCGGCGGCUGCCGCUAACGGGGCGGACUCGCAAGCGGUCAGUGCCCAGGACACCGUGCACGGCGGCUACGCGCGCCGAUGGCUGUUCCCCACCAAGGAAUGCAAGGGCGCGCGGGAGGGAACGGUCGCGCGCGCAGGGGACUCGCGCGGGAAGGUUGUCGUGGGCCAGCUGUCCACUUUCACCAGCGCGAAGUGGUUGCAAGUCUACAGUGGCGACGAGCCUCCCUGCGAUUGGCGCAGGGCCAGUCAUCUGCAAAAGAAGGGGGCCUGCAGGCUCUACCUGGACGCGCCCAUGGCCGCGUUGAUGCAGCAACUUCCUGCGGCCUAA